CCCAACUUCAUGCCAUCUCUUCUAGGCACUGUCACUUUUUAUGUUGUGAGUAAUCCUACCGCUUUCAAGUAAGGUUCUGUGCAACGCUUUUCAUUCAGCCUGAAAAUCAACGGAAAAUUAGCCUGUAUUGUUGAAAACUAAACAUUAGUCAAAAUGGAUCAAAUUAUUCAACAACAACUUGCAAGUGCUGCAGCUGAAAUUGAAACACAAUUGGAUGAUCAGAUUAAUGCAAUGGAUUCGAUGACAUCCGAUGAAUUGAAGUCACUGCGAAAUCAACGACUCAACGAAAUGAAAAAUGAAGCAAAGAAAAAGCAAGAAUGGCUAAACAAUGGUCAUGGUGAAUACGAUGAAUUGUCUGGUGAAAAAGAAUUUUUUGAAAUAUCGAAAAAAUCUGCCAACAUAAUCGCUCAUUUCUACCGUGAUGCAACCGAAAGGUGUAAAAUUGUCGAUCAUCAUUUGAAAAUUCUUUCGAAAAAGCAUAUUGAGGCAAAAUUCUGCAAGGUCAACGCAGAAAAUAGCCCAUUUUUAACACAACGAUUACGUAUCAAGGUGAUACCAACCAUCGCCAUUAUUAAAGACAGUAAAACAAAAGACUACAUUGUCGGUUUCACUGAUCUAGGCAAUCGCGAUGAUUUUACAACGGAAAUGAUGGAAUGGAGAAUAGCUCAAUCAGGAGCCAUUGAAUAUAGUGGUGAUUUAUUAACGCCGCCAGAUCAAGCGCGCAAAGAUAAGAAGAAUUUGCUUCGACAAAAGAAGAAAAUCCGUGGAAAAGAUGAGUCUGACGAUUCAGAUAUCGAAUUCAGCGAUUAAAUAAUAAUAAUGCAUGCAAUUGAGUGACCUUUAUUUUUCACCGAAUAACCUAUUCCAAAUUCGAUUAUUUCCAAAUCUUAAAUACUCGUUGGAAACAUUGUUUUCUGAUUCGUGAUGUGUUUUUUGUCUAUUUUUGCUGCUCGCAUUUCAUGUUGAAGUUUGCUUUGAUUCUAUCAGAAUGUAGUCUGCUUUAUUAAUUCAUACAGUAUUUUUCAUAUAUGAAAUGUAUUCACAUUGCUAAGGUGCGAUUUAAAUGAUUUUAUAUGCAACAACACAAAUACAUUUUUAUCACAAAUAAAAUUAUCCAAAUGGUUUACACCUCGAAAUAUUUUCAAAU